CAUGUGCCAAAGAACCGAGUCGGCAAUGAGUUCUGAUCCCAAACUGCAAAAAUCAGAAGCUGUAGCUUAAUCGAGUUCGACUUUCGAGCUCGUGCUUGGAUCUGUUUUCUUUUCUUUCUAAUUUGAUUUUCUUUUGUUCAUUAGAAAGAGAAUUGAAUUGAAUUGAUGGAUCUGAGAGGUUCCGUUUUGUUCUUGGCCAUUAUUCUGAUUGUUGAAACAUGCUUCGUCGUUGCGAAUGGGAAUUUCGUGUUCCAGGUGGAGCGUCGAAAAACGCGUUUGGGAUUAAGCGAUAUUAGAGCGCGUGAUGAUCGUAGAAGAGGUAGGAUUCUCUCUGCGGUGGAUCUCAACCUUGGCGGCAAUAGUCAACCUACCGAGACCGGGCUGUAUUUUACAAAACUUGGGCUUGGUUCUCCUCCAAAGGACUACUAUGUUCAGGUUGAUACAGGAAGUGACAUUCUCUGGGUAAAUUGUGUUGAUUGCGCAAGAUGUCCCAAGAAAAGUGAUAUUGGUAUAGACUUGACUCUCUAUGAUCCAAAGGAAUCCAAAACUUCAGAAUUGGUUCCUUGUGACCAUGAAUUUUGCUCUUCCACAUACGAUGGUCCAAUUCCUGGUUGCAAGGCUGAUAUUCCCUGCCCAUACAGCAUAACUUAUGGGGAUGGAAGUGCAACUUCUGGAUACUACGUGCAGGACUACCUUACUUUUAACCGUGUUAGUGGUAAUCUCAAUACCGCACCGCAAAAUAGCAGUGUCUUUUUUGGGUGUGGCAAUGUACAGUCUGGGACAUUGGGGUCAUCUUCUGAUGAAGCCCUUGAUGGAAUAAUUGGUUUUGGACAAGCAAAUUCUUCGGUGCUUUCACAGCUUGCUGCAUCUGGAAAGGUGAAAAAAAUAUUUUCACACUGCCUUGACAAUGCUAAGGGUGGUGGAAUAUUUGCCAUAGGGGAAGUGGUGGAACCAAAAGUCAAAACAACUCCAUUGGUACCAAGAAUGGCACACUACAAUGUCAAUUUGAAGGAUAUUGAGGUUGGUAGUGAUAUUCUACAACUUCCGACCGAUAUAUUUGAUUCUGGAAGUGGGAAGGGAACUGUAAUAGACAGUGGAACAACCUUGGCUUAUCUCCCAAGCAUGGUUUAUGACCAACUAAUUACAAAGGUCUUGGCUGGGCAGCCUGAACUGAAAUUAUAUCUCGUUGAGCAACAAUUUACUUGUUUCGAGUAUAGUGGAGAUAUUGAUGAUGGAUUCCCAGUUAUCAAGUUUCAUUUUGAGGAUUCUAAGAGGCUUACUAUUCAAUUUUGGUGUUUCUUGGUUGUCUCUCCCCAGGGUGAUAUCUGGUGUAUUGGAUGGCAGAAAGGUGUCUCACAAAGUAAAAAUGGAAGGGACAUGACUCUUCUUGGAGAUUUGGUGCUAUCAAACAAACUAGUCGUAUACGACCUUGAAAAUAUGGCCAUUGGAUGGGUUGACUACAAUUGCUCUUCUAGCAUUAAAGUGAAGGAUGAGAAGACUGGAACAGUAUAUACAGUGGGUGCACACAAUCUAUCUUCAGCUUCUACCUUCUUAAUUCGAAGAAUAUUGACAUUCUUUUUGUUGCUAAUUCCCGUGUUAAAUUGUUUAACUAACUAGGUUCUUGUGUUAUACGAGGGAUGUGUCAUUCAUUCAAUUUUUGUUGUACCAUAAUUCGUUUUGUGAUAAAUGUGCAGUGUUAACGAUAUGGUAUAGUUUAAAUAUUUAUCAUUAAUGUAUCCCCCAAAAAGAAUAUCAUUGAAAAAAGGGCAUCCUUUUUUUUGUAUAACUACUACUUUCUUCUUCUCUAGGAAACAUUUUAUAUGUUCUUUUCAAUGCAUGUUGAAGCCAUCAGAAAUGCCUUGCAUGUUGUGUUUCUGGUGCGAUGUAUUUGCAUUUCUCUAUUUCUUGUCAAUAAUACAAAUUUUUAGGUUUUGUAAAGAUAAAAAAUGUACACUGUAAUUUGUGGUUUACUAAAGAACCUGCAGCAUUACGAUGAAUUAAUAAUUUAAAGGAUAGCGAGUGAUAGAGACGCUGAUGUGGACAGUUAGUUAGAGUUGAUUGUUAGUUAUGGCAGCUAGGCACAAUCUUUAACUGUAGUUAAGUAGAGUGAAUUAGAUGAUUUGCUUGUAACUUAAACCACUGCACAAUAUAUAAGCAUGGCUCCUGUAUCAUUCACCUCAAGAAA